AUGACUAGAGCAGUAUGGAAGAUAUUUACUCAUUCUCGUGAAGAACAACUUUUGAUAAAAUAUAGAAACAUCUUUGAUCAACCAAUGGAAAGUAUAUUGCAAAUUAUAUUACAAUUAGAAAAAAAUUAUAAUGAAAAUUCUAGUCAGUUUGAAAGCUUAUCAAAAGAUCUACUUAAUAAAGAAUCACUCAAAAUACCAGCUAGCUUAACUAUCCCUCCUCUUGUUGAGAUUCAGAUGCUUGAAAGCCUUGCCUUGAUAGCAACUUCAGUUACCUCGAAUGAAAAGCAAUUUCUAAAAGGUUCAAGUAUCUAUAAUUCCAAUGCAUCUAGUAGACUUCCAAGUCCUCCAUUAGUUAAUGAAAAAGAAGAAUUGAACACCCAUGUAGACUAUAAUUAA